AAAAUCAUUGCUGUGGAGCUGCUUUUUGAUACUUUGUCCAGCAGAGGGCAGUCUCCUCCACCCCCCUCCUCCAUAUGCACAGCUAACUUUUUUCCACAUCCUGUAGGAGGAACUUCUCUCUCCUGUUGCUCUACUUCUCCAUACUUUCUCUUGUUUCUUUUUCGGCACACUUUACACCAUGUUUUCUGCUUCGUCUCUUGGCAUCACACUGUGCACUUUCUUCGCUCUGUUUGCUCUCGCCCCGGCAGAAACCGAGCCGGGCGCUGAGAGUGGUUCCGGGUUGAUCCAGGAGCUCCGGGCCGCCCUAGCAGACCUGGCCGUGGAGGGGAGGACUCACCUGGGCAGAUUGGCCGGAGAGCAGACGGUGCUGUCGGUACAGAAGGCUUUCUCUCAGGUUCUGGGUGUCGUUGCUGAGGGUCUGGCCAGUGGUUUUAACGUCCUGCUGCAGCACAUCUCACAUUUUCUGCAAGCUGCUGGAAUCCCAGUCACCCCAGUCAGAGCGACCGCCGAGGGCCUCAUCUUUGUGGCUCAGUGGCUUCUCGUGGCCCUCAUCGGCUACUGGCUCGCCUCGCUCGCUUUCAGCCUGGUGGCGUCUACUCUGAGGCGGGCCCUGUGGCUGUUGAAAGUGGGCGUGGCCCUGGUCUUUUUCGGACUCAUCUUGAGCGACCAGAGCGUCGGCACCGAAGCCAUGGCUGUGCGCUUGGCGGUGUUGGUGUUCGUCUGCGUCCUGUUGGGCGUCGGGACGUCGGGCACCUCGAACGCGGUGGAUCAAACGGCUCACCUGGAGGAGAAGGUGAAGAUCUUGGAGAAGAGGCUGAGGGAGAUUGAGAGGUGGACGAAGGCGGAGUGACGGUGUGUCGCAGCGUUGUUGCACUUUUAGGACUGUGGCGGGGGGAGAAAAGUGUUUUGUUACUGACAAGUUUAUUCAUUCCUGUUGAAGCACUGACCUAUCAGUGGGUUCUGGUCCGCGCCCCUGUCCUACCUGCUUCAUCCAUGGACCCUUCUUCUAUUAAAGGAGCGGUUCCGUUUGUUUUUACUGUUUUAUACUGACACAAAUCAGAACUGCACUCAAACCAGCCUUAGGCAAUACACAUAUCAUCUGGAAUGCAAAGAAAACCGUAGACCAGGCAUGGGCAAACUAAGGCCCGGGGGCCGGAUGCGGCCCGUUCAGCUUUUUAAUCUGGCCCGUCAAACUUUUCCAAAUUAUCUAAUGUAUUUAUAUUAUCAUUAUACUUCUGCCUUUACCCUGCAAUACCAACGUUUGCCCAAUAGAUGGCAAUAUGACAUAUGCAUGACUUUUACAUGUCAUUUAUCUUAGUUCACAUGAAAGCUCCAUCUAUUUAUCAGCCCAGCCCCCCGUUCAAGUUUAGGACAAUUGUGGCCCGCGAGUCAAAAAGUUAGCCCACGCCUGCGGUAGACGGUAUAUAACAAGUAGACGUUGCCACCUGUUGGCCUGAGUGAGACUCUUUAUCGUACACUAGCUCUCAGUUGUUUUAUACAGUCACUGGGGAAAUACCUACAGUAAGUAAAGUUUUCUUGUGCCUUAUCUCACUUUCACAAAAGUCCAUUAAAAAAAAAAAAUCAUUUUUAGAUUUCGUUUAUGUAGGACCUCCUGUCCACUGCUGCCUCCUAUGGUCAUUUUGAGUCACUUUUUUAAACUUGGUUCAUAAACAUUUAAUUAUGGAAACAGCAAUUUAUGGAUAACUGAGGUAUGCCAGGAUGCUGCCCCCUGUGGUGAUUUCGUGUCACGGGGGUAAAUCCAAACAAAGGAUUUUACUUUAAAUUCAAGACAUGACAACACAUUCAGAACUACUGUCGGAGGCUGCAGUGAGUCAAUUCAACCACUGGGGGUCGCAAACAUUUUCUACAUGGACUUUGAAAUGUGAUAAUGUUACAGGAUGUGGUCGCAGGCUGUGGGUCACACAGAUGAAUUAAUGGAAUUUUUUAAUUGUGUUUUGACAUAUGUAUCCGUUUGUUUACGUGGUUUAAAAUAAACAUUUUCAAUUUUUUUUU